CUAGCUAAGUAGUAGCUGGAAAGACAGAACUCAGAGUUUCCCGGUGUGCAGGUGCGGUAGAAGGCAGGGAAGCGCGCUGUAGCCGGCGGAGGCUCGCAGCGGUGCGGACGCUAGUACCUGGUGGCUGGUGCACACUCACUGUUGAAGAAGAAAAUACAGAAAUAUGAGAGUAAACUGAGGGGUAAUUGGAAGGGAAAAGGAAAAAAGCAGAGCAGCGAGAAGGGAGGCCUGAAGAAGAUGACGAGUGAAAUUGGAACCGAUGAGAGUGCUGGCUACUCAAAAGCUUAAGCCUUUCUUCCCUGCUAAUAGAAAAAAUUGGCUCCUACAACCCUGACAGGUGCAAGGCAAAAGCCCUAUUACCGGCCCAAUUGUCCAAAGACCCAAAAUCAACGCAGCAAAACCGCCACUACCUCCUUCGGAGAUUCGGCCCUUCUCAAUUUUCACCUUCGGACCUUCUGUAGCCCUGUCCUGAAAUUACUUGCAUACUUUCCAAAGCUUCAAGGUUUUCUUCUUUUAUUCUGGACUUCUGGAUUCUUGGGUGACCGUUGUCAAGGCUACUCAGCGAAGGAAAAUCUGUUUUUGAUUCGUGGUACAGCUCAGUUUGUGGAUUAGACUUCAGAAAUCACCACUUAGGAGAUCAGUGAGAAGAUGGCUGUGGUUGCUUCUGCGCCGGGAAAAGUUUUGAUAACAGGAGGUUAUCUAAUCCUUGAGAGGCCCAAUCCAGGGAUUGUCCUGAGUACAAAUGCUCGCUUUUAUGCCAUUGUGAAGCCACUUUAUGAGGAUGUCAAACCCAAUAGUUGGGCAUGGGCAUGGACAGAUGUGAAAUUAACUUCUCCUCAGAUGUCAAGAGAAACUCUCUACAAACUGUCACUUAAACAUUUCAAACUUCAGCCUUCAUCUACUCGCGAUUCAAGAAACCCCUUUGUGGAAAAUGCAGUGGAGUAUGCCAUUGCAGCAGCACAUGCAACCUUUGAUAAAUAUAAAAAGGAUGUUUUACAUAAACUACUUUUGCAAGGUCUUGACAUCACAAUCUUGGGUUGCAAUGAAUUUUAUUCAUACCGGAACCAGAUUGAAGCACAUGGACUUCCUCUAACACCAGAAUCUCUGGCUUCUCUUCCUCCUUUCACUUCAAUAACCUUUAAUGCAGAAGAAGCUGGCAGUGAAAGUAAAAAACCUGAAGUUGCUAAGACUGGAUUAGGAUCAUCAGCAGCCAUGACAACUGCAGUUGCUGCUGCUUUGCUUCAUUACCUUGGCGUUGUUAAUCUUUCCUCUUUGACCGAUGAUAAAUUUCAAGGAAAGAGAGAUGCUGAUGUUCUUGACAUUGUUCAUGUGAUUGCUCAAGCCGCACACUGCAUUGCACAGGGUAAAGUUGGUAGUGGAUUUGAUGUGAGUUCUGCAGUCUAUGGAAGCCAACGGUAUGUACGGUUUUCACCUGACGUGCUUUCUCCUGCUCAGAAUGCAGGUAUGGCAACUCCACUGACAGAAGUCAUAAGUGAGGUGCUAAAAGCAAAGUGGGACCAUGAGAGGACUAAAUUCUCUUUGCCUCCUUUGAUGACUCUUUUACUAGGAGAGCCAGGAUCAGGAGGAUCAUCCACACCAUCAAUGGUAGGUGCUGUAAAAAAAUGGCAGAAGUCAGACCCUCAAAGUUCACAGGAAACAUGGAGGAAGUUACUGGAAAAAAAUUCUGCUCUUGAAAGGAACCUGAAUGCCUUAUCGAAGUUGUCAGAAAGUGAUUAUACUUCGUAUGAGUAUAUUAUCAACUGCUGCAGCACGCUUCCAGCUGGAAAGUGGAGGGAGACAGUCAGUGGGCUUCACCAAACAGAGGUCGUUAAGGAGUUGUUGGGAGCUCGGGACGCCAUGCUAGGUAUCAGAUAUGAAAUGCGCAAAAUGGGCGAGGCUGCCGGAAUCCCAAUAGAACCAGAAUCUCAAACGCGGCUUCUGGAUGAGACAAUGAGUAGGGAGGGAGUAGUGCUGGCUGGUGUUCCAGGUGCGGGUGGCUUUGAUGCCAUCUUUGCAGUCACAUUAGGAGUCUCUAAUACUUCAAGCACAGACAAUCUCAUCAGAGCAUGGAGUUCACGCAAUGUGCUCACCCUUCUUGUGAGAGAAGACCCUCAUGGUGUUUCCCUGGAGAAGCAUGAUGACCCUCGAAUCCGGGAAGUUACCUCAGGUGUUUCAUCUAUCAAGAUUUGAUUUGAAUUAAUAACGGACAGCAGAUUUUUAAGCAUUUUUCUGCAGUACAGUAAUUUAGAGUUUCUGUUGUAACUGUUUGUUAUUUAUUUGUACCCCCACCAAAUAGUAAUAGCAAUAAUACAGCUAAACUUAAUAAAUGCGUAUUUACCUCUUCAUUUUAGUACUUCAGUAAUGAAAUAAUAAUGUGAUUUUUAUGGGUCCUAAUUUAAUUGGACCCGUAAUGUUCGUGUAAGGAUUAUGAGUUUAGAAUGUACUGUAUGUUGUUCAUCAUUAUGAUUCCAAAUGAUGAAAUGAAUAUUUGUCUAAUAUUUAAUGACUCAAAUACAAAACGAGUAUCUUUCAUGAAUU